AUGGAAGGAGAAUCUUACCACAAUGCAACUACUGUCAAUGGCACCCCAGUAAAUCACCAGGCUUUGGAACACCAUGGGUUGUGGGAAGUCGUCACCAUUGCAGCUGUGACUGCGGUGGUAAGCCUGAUCACCAUUGUGGGCAAUGUCUUAGUCAUGAUCUCCUUCAAAGUCAAUAGUCAGCUGAAGACAGUUAACAACUACUACCUGCUCAGCUUAGCCUGUGCAGAUCUCAUCAUUGGGAUCUUCUCCAUGAACCUCUACACCACCUACAUCCUCAUGGGCCGCUGGGCUCUCGGGAGUCUGGCUUGUGACCUUUGGCUUGCACUGGACUAUGUGGCCAGCAACGCUUCCGUCAUGAACCUUCUGGUGAUCAGUUUUGACCGUUAUUUUUCUAUCACAAGACCCCUGACAUAUCGGGCCAAGCGUACCCCAAAGAGGGCUGGCAUCAUGAUUGGCUUGGCCUGGCUGAUCUCUUUCAUCCUCUGGGCCCCAGCGAUCCUCUGCUGGCAGUACUUGGUUGGGGAGAGAACGGUACCUCCAGACGCAUGCCAGAUCCAGUUCCUGUCUGAGCCCACCAUCACUUUUGGCACUGCCAUUGCUGCCUUCUACAUUCCUGUUUCUGUCAUGACAAUUCUCUACUGUCGGAUCUACCGGGAAACAGAGAAGCGGACCAAGGACCUUGCUGACCUGCAGGGCUCUGACUCUAUAGCUGAAACUGAGAAGAGAAAGCCAGCUCACAAGGCUCUGCUCAGGUCCUGCUUCAGCUGCCCUCAGCCCACACUGGCCCAGAGGGAAAGGAACCAAGCCUCCUGGUCAUCCUCCCGCAGAAGCACCUCAACCACUGGGAAGCCAUCUGAAGCCACUGGCCCAAGCACUGAGUGGGACAAAGCUGAGCAGCUCACUACGUGUAGCAGCUGCCCCUCCUCAGAGGAUGAGGACAAGCCCACCACUGACCCUGUCUUCCAGGUCGUCUACAAGAGUCAGGCCAAGGAAUGCGCAAGAGAAGAAUUCAGUCCUGAAGAGACCGAGGAAACUUUUGGAAAAAGUCAAACUGAAAAAAAUGACUAUGACACCCCAAAAUAUCUCCUGUCUCCAGCAGCUGCUCAUAGACCCAAGAGCCAGAAAUGUGUAGCCUAUAAGUUCCGACUGGUGGUCAAAGCUGAUGGGACCCAGGAGACCAACAAUGGCUGUCGCAAGGUGAAAAUCAUGGCCUGCUCCUCCCCAGGGUCCAAAGACCCUUCAACGAAAGGCCUAGAUCCCAGCCUCAGCCAUCAAAUGACCAAACGGAAGAGAAUGGUCCUUGUCAAAGAGAGGAAAGCAGCCCAGACCUUGAGUGCGAUUCUCCUGGCCUUUAUCAUCACAUGGACCCCUUAUAACAUCAUGGUCCUGGUGUCCACCUUCUGUGACAAGUGUGUCCCAGUCGCCCUAUGGCACUUGGGUUACUGGUUGUGCUAUGUCAAUAGCACUGUCAACCCCAUUUGCUAUGCCCUCUGCAAUAGAACCUUCAGGAAGACCUUUAAGAUGCUGCUUCUCUGCCAAUGGAAAAAGAAAAAUGUGGAAGAGAAGUUGUACUGGCAGGGGAACAGUAAGCUCCCCUGA